AUGAAAAGCUCUCUUUGCUGGAUCUACCGGAUUAUCAAGUGGUCCUCCAUACUUCUUGUCAUUCCAUUCGCUCAAGGUGUCAGCUUAAUUCGUCAUCACGCAAAACCAAUUUUUCUCCCUACUCCAAAGAAUAUCACCGUACACCUUGGUCAGACAGCCCACCUCAAGUGCAAGAUCAAAUAUUUGGGCACCAGAACUGUGCAGUGGAGGAAAAUUCCCGACAACUAUCCAUUGACGAUAGGGGCAUUGCCGUUUUCCCCACGGGAGGAGAUUAGUAUAAAUCAUCGUGAUAUGGAGGAGCUGACUUCUCAAUGGACUUUAGUCAUCAAAGGUACCUCGAUCGCAGACACGGGUAGCUACGAGUGUAAAGUAAGCGCCAGUAAAACACAGCCGUAUAUAGUUCAUCUAAAUGUUCUAGAUAAACCUGUAGAUAUAGAAAAAACAAUCUGGCUGCAAGGGACGGAGUUCGUAAGUGUUAAACAGAUGAUAAACCUUACGUGCAAUGCCACUGGUGUGGACCGAGCACCAGAACACAUAGACUGGUUUCAUAACGGCCACAUUGUGCAUCAAAGUGACCCAAAGUGGGAGAAUCGACUCAAGAUAGUAAUGUUCCAGCCGCAGGUUCCGGGGAGAUCACUGAUUAGUCAGCUGAUUAUAAAUUUCAGUGUCUCAACAGACCAGGGGAACUAUGUCUGCCGGAGCUCCGAAAAGAAAACUACGAGUUUAAACGUGCAUGUUCUCAACGCUGAAAAAGACAAUAUAAAGAAAAGAUUUGAUUACGAACCUUCGCGAACACCUAAUCCAGACGAUAGUCCACAGGAAACCAGAGAAAGUAACGCAGCACACCUUACAACAAACUGUGUAUUACUGUUCCUAUCAUUUGUAUUGGCGGUUAGGUGA